AUGGGCCUGCGCAAACAGCCCCCACCACGUCUCCAGAACAUUAGCAAGUCAAAUGCUCGAUCGGACGCACGUUCGCCCAAAUCAGCAUCGGCCAAUUCCCCAUCUUUCACCCGCCCGCCUCAUCUCAAACGGCUGCCUUCUGAAGACUCCAUAUACUCCCCCGAUCUCAACACCUCGCCCGCUUUCGAUCUGAUGCCACUAGAAGAAGCGCAAAGAUCCCCAGUCGGGUCUCCGACAAGCCACCCGCCAAAUUCAUGGCCGGAUAGUGCUGGGAGACCCGAUAAUACUACUGCCGGUGCCGGCCAGUAUAGCCACCGGGGCCAGUAUGAUGGGACAAACCCAGCUCCUGGGAACGGCACCGGAGACUCAGUUCCACAUGCGCUUAUACCAGGCCAGUACACAGGCGCUUCGGAAAAUGUGUGGCGCUCGACAAACGAUACAGACGAAACAUCCAUGGGAGAGCUCCCAGUACAGCUUCAAUCAAACAACCCGUUCCUGAAACCCAGAUCAGCAGAACAUACCCAAGACCUUCUAGAUAGGAAUGAUUGGGGACGAAAUUCCCAAGCGACCACCAACAGUGAAGCAUUGAGCCAUACUGAUGGGUAUAUUCCAAUGACUGCUCGCUUGUCUUUGCUAGAUCAGCCAGACCAAGAGACCCCGUGGGAGGACCCCUCUCCACAUCGUUAUGAUCAACGGGCCGUGUUAGGUGGUCAUCAUUUUGAUGACACUUCGCCGUGGGAAUCUCAACACACAGCUUAUGCAACCAACCAACACAGCAUGUAUCCACGUGAGGAGAAGUCUGAUCUAUAUGAGCCGCCGGUUGUCGUGGAACCGACAGGUUCGCACCAACCGUACAACACACACGGGUUCGGAUCCGAUGCUGGAAUCAGGACACCUUCUGUGGUACCAUCCAAUGCCACAUCCGCCACAUCUCAUUACCUGAUCGAUCUAGAUGUUCCCGGUGCAACGGGCAACCUGGGGGUGGAUACGGCAUCUCGUGCUGGAUCCUCGGUUUACUCAGAACCGGCCGCCAGAGAAUCAGAUUCGUUGUCGAAUGCACAGCCACAGCACCUUGAAUCUUCCAUGAAACAACCCUGGGGUACAUCCGAUAAGCCUGGAGCCCAUCCAACCCCUGUUCUAUCUCCAGAAGAAGCCGCGCGGCAGAAAGAGCAAAGGUCGGAAACAUACACGAUUCGUCACAUUCGAUGGACGAACCAGGCAGGCGAAUUGAUAGAAUCUCCAAUUCUGGUCCAAAACAAAAAUGGUCCAUGUCCUUUGUUGGCUCUUAUAAACGCACUAGUUCUGCGGGCAAACCCGAAAGCCCAACCACCGAUCGUUAGAGCCCUGUCCACUCGCGAGCAAAUAUCACUCGGGCUACUGAUUGAAGCCAUGUUUGAAGAGUUGACAACGUGUCUGGGACCCGACGAGGAGUUUCCCGAUAUCGAGGCCCUAGCACAAUUUUUGACCAUGCUUCAUACCGGGAUGAAUGUCAACCCGCGGUUGACUUUAGAGUCUACCGAUGGGCUCGGAACCUUCCUGGAAACCAGUGAUCUUCGAUUGUACGGCACUUUCGGCAUCCCGUUGAUCCACGCUUGGCUAGCUUCCUGGUCUAGCCCUACUCAUGCGGCGAUGUCACGGACUGGUCAGUACUAUGACGAUAUUCAAAUGCUGCCUUUCCGUCGACAAGAAUUGGAGGAUCGAGCCACGCGUGGCGAGCCUCUUACCUUCGAAGAAGAAAGCAACAUGGAGGACAUUCAAUCGAUUCAGCAAUUCGUAGAAAUCGAGAAUGCGACACAAUUGAGUCCUUUCGGCUUGACGCAGCUUUCUACCAGGCUUGAACCGGGAUCCGUCUCUAUUCUGUUCCGCAACGACCAUUUCUCAACCCUUUACAAACAGCCCACAUCCCAUCAACUAUACACCCUGGUCACUGAUGCGGGCUACGCGGGCCAUGCUGAGGUUGUUUGGGAAUCCCUAGUUGAUGUAACGGGUUUCAAUACGGAAUAUUACUCCGGCGAUUUUCGCCCUGUUGGCGCGGGCCCAUCCGCUGAACCCGCGCCAUCCAACACGGCAAACACAACAACAUCCAGCGCCGCGCCAAACCCUUCCCCGAAUACAAACGCCAACGACGCUUCACAUUCACCUGAACCGACCCAGGAGCAAAGUGAUGCGGACUAUGCGUAUGCUCUCUCGCUCCAAUUUGAAGAAGAGCAACGUGAAAAUGAGCGGGCCCAAGAUGACACGGGCAAUCGCAACUCUGCGUCGAAUAAUUCUACCAGUCGCCCAUCACCUCCCCCCCGCAUGAGCAACGUGCCUAAUCGAACUUCGAGUAUUACCACCGGGCUUCGAACUCGCCCUGGGCCUCAGCCACAUCACGAACCCGACCCUAACGACCCUAACGCUCCGCCUCCACCUUAUGAACAAGCUGCAGGGGGUCCACGAUAUUCACCCCCCAAUAGAAGGCCCUAUAGCGGUGCCCAGGGAAACCAAUACCCUGGCAGAAACCACAACUCACAGUCUUCCCAUCGACCACGCCCAUCCGUCGCCACGAGUACCGACCGGAUGAACAGAGAUCGAAACAAAGAUUGCGUGAUGAUGUGA